ACAAAAUUCGAAGAUACUUCGGGGAAACGGUUGCAAUAUAUUUCAGGUUUCUGGGAUUCUACACCAGAAUGCUUAUAUUUCCAGCGGUAUUCGGUAUAGUCUAUUACUUCUUCGGUGGUAAAAGGCGUGCAAGCCAUAGUUACGCACUUUUCGCAGUAUUCAACUUAAUCUGGACCACUUGUUUCCUGGAGAUGUGGAAACGUAGGUGUGCAGCGACCGCUUUCCGAUGGGGCACGUAUGGAAUGGUAAAGUUUGAAGAGGCACGACCCUCAUACACGGGUGAAGUCCAUAUUAAUCCGGUAACGAAACGGGAGGAGCCGUACUAUCCAAAAUGGAAACGCAUGUUGAAGAAGUACGGCGUAUCGGUUCCCAUUAUUUUCCUCUGUCUUGUAUUUGCGUUUUGGAUGAUGCUAAUGUCCUUUCAUUUCGAGGCUAAAGUGUCCAAACUUUAUGACCUGGAAACGACAGAGGGUCAAAUCAUGUUCCAAGUUCCUAGUAUUGUCUACUCCAUCUUGAUUGUCGUUUGCAACAAAAUUUACCGCAAGUUGGCAAGAUUCUUGAAUGAUUGGGAAAACCAUCGCUUAGAGUCUUCGUAUGCAAACAAUCUUAUUUUGAAGCUUGUUGUGUUUGAAUUCUUCAAUUGUUUCAUGUCUUUGUUCUAUGUGGCAUUUUACCUCAGGGAUAUGAAGAUGCUGAGGCAGUAUGUGUCAAGUUUGCUAAUUGUGUCACAAGUUAUUGAUCAAAUGAUUGAGACUGUCAUCCCGUACCUGGUCCUACGUUUCAUCAGGAAGGGCACUUUACCAGAUUCUCAUGAUAAGUCUGAGGGUGCAGACCAUCCAGCAUUAAGAGAGAGUAAAAUGGACGAAUAUGAGGGUACAUUUGAUGAUUACCUUGAACUGUUUCUACAAUUUGGUUAUAUAUCCCUGUUCUCUGCAGUCUACCCUCUCGCAGCCUGCUUCGCUUUGGCCAAUAAUCUGAUUGAAAUCCGUUCAGAUGGUUUUAAAUUUUGCCGUGUCCUGCAGCGACCUUUCUCAAGGCCUGCCGCAGACAUUGGUACAUGGCUGCUAGUAUUUGAGACAAUGAGUGUACUUGCGGUCAUCACUAACUGUGCUCUGAUUGGCAUGUCACCGGAGAUCCAAUCAUGGCUCCCAGAAAUCUCACUAAUUAAGCAAGUUCUUAUCUUUGUUGGUGUCGAACAUAUAUUUCUUGGAGCAAAAGUAGCAAUUGCUAUACUUAUACCUGACCUACCAGAAUGGCUGGAGAUCGAGUUAGCCAAGGAGGAGUACCAAUCUAAGCAGGCCCUGUUACAAAAGAAAGCUGAGGAAAUGAAGAAGACAGAAUGAUAUGUUCACUUCCCUCUGCAAGUGUACUCAUUUUACAGGGAGAAAUUGUGAGUGUCUCUAACUGUAUUCUUGUACACCCAUAAAGCCUUUUGUAUUGUGAAUUAAAUCCGAUGUCAUUGGAGUCCUUAUCUUAAAAAAGAAAUUGAUUGCAGUUUAAUUGUAUUCGUUUGUAUAUGCACAAAAUGUCGUACAAGGCAACUUGUGCAUUGAUUGGUAAAGUGGGCCUUACCCCCUUCUGCAUAGCAAUCAAAUUGACUGGAUUAGAAUGGAUUUCAUUGUACUAUCAAAAGCUAAAAAAAAAAUAUCCAGUACUGUAAUUUGAAGCAAUGUUUUUCUUGAGUUUCUGAACCAAUCCUAGAGGCUGUUUAAUAUUAGAAUCAGUAUGAUUUUAUGUAAAUAUAAUGAAGAAGCUUGACCAAUCCAAGAUGCUGUUUUAUAGCACAUUUAGUACAUUUCAUGCAAUAUUAUAAUAAAAAUGCUGGACCAAUCACAGAGUAGGACAUUUACAGUUGGACUUGCCAAAGUCGAAUCCAAAAAGACAUUGAAAAAUUGUUUGACUUAAAUAAAAUUCGACUUACAGAUCGUUAAUUAAUGGAAAACAAAACAAUUUGGCAUGUAAAGUAAGAUCGACUUAGAAAUUAUUCGAGUUGAUAAAAUUCGACUUGCAGAUCAUUAAUAAAAAGAAAACUUGAAAAAUUGGCAUGUAAAAUAACAUCGACUUAUAAAUUAUUUGAGUUAGGCAAAGCUGACUUAAGCAAAUUUAACUGUAGUACAAUUUUAAGAGAUAUUUUAACGACAUUGCUGGACCAAUCCAAGAGGAUGUUUCAUAGUCCAUUCAGUACUACAAUGGACCUUUUUGCUAAGCACCACCCAUCAUAUAGUGUUGCACAAAAUGACAACAUAAAUGUAUAUAAAUACAUGUGUAUAUGGGACAAGGGGGUUUUCCUGGCAUUGUUCUGAUUGGCCAGUUGGUAGAUUUGAUUGAAACUUCAGAAAUGUCCAUUUGAAAAAAUGUUGUGAUGAAAAUCUUUGGCCAAUCCCAGAUGCUGUUACAUAGCACACUUGGUAUGAUUUCAAGCAAUAUUACAAUGAAGGUGCUGGUCCAAUCCAAAAAGCUAUGUCAUAGUACAUGGAAGAAUUAUUUCAAGCAAUCAUUAGUAUAAAAGUGUUGGACCAAUCACGGAAGUUGUUUCAUAGCACAUUUUUAAAUUAUUUUAGGCAAUCUUACUAUGAAGGUGCUGGGCUAAUCACAGAGUUUGUUUCAUAGCACAAUUAGAAUUAUUUUAAGCAAUUUUAUUAUGAAGCUGCUGGGCCAAUCUCAGAGGUUGUUUCAUAGCACAUGUUAAAAUUAUUUAAAGCAAUCUUUAGUAUGAAGGCACUGGACCAAUUACAGAAGUUGUUUCAUAGCACAUGUUAAAAUUAUUUUAGGCAAUAUUUAUUAUGAAGGUGCUGGGCCAAUCACAGAGUUUGUUUCAUAGUACAAUUAGAAUUAUUUAAAGCAAUCUUUAAAACUUUUGGACUGAUCUAAUGUAUAUACAGUACUGCAAAAUAUUCAGUCAGCCCAGCAUAGUUUACACAUCUACUUACCUCAUUUUUGAAAAAUUAGAAUAUACAUUUUUUUUAACAACAGAAUGUACUUCACAAUAGAACCUAUAUAUUUUUAUCUUAUUUAUUAAUAUGUUAUGCAUUUUUUAAGACAUGGUAUUCAGUAAUUGUGUUUUAUUAUAUCACCAAUGGGGGUAUUUCUCCUUUAAAAAAAAAGUUCAAAAACAACCAAAUAGUUUAUAGUUUGUCAAAUAUUUUAUUGUAUAUUUUACUUUUGUAGUUUACCAUUGUUUAUAUUAGUUUGUCAAAUAGUUUUAGAUUUAUCAGUAAUUAAAAUUUUAUUCUAUAAAAAUA